UUCAGAAGCAGAAGAUACUAGCCUCUAACUACUCAGACAAUGUCAGCUUCAAUAAAGAGAAAAAUGGAGUUAUAUAAACUUUCUACCAAAGUCUUGACGAUAGUAUGCAUAAUUCUCAUGGCCAGUGUCUUAAUUUUCACGAUUAUAACUACGCUUAAACAACCGGUAGAGUAUUGUGAGACAAAUGAAUGUAUUAGAUCUGCUGCUUCAAUGAAAUUCUCUAUGAAUGUCAAAACUGAUCCUUGUCAAGAUUUCUUCAAAUACACAUGUGGAAGAUGGCAGCGGGAAAAUUUUUUACCCCCAAAUUACAAGAAGUAUUCUAAACUUUCACAGAUAACAGAAAGGAUUAAUUCAGCAGCUCAUCAAUUCUUGUCUGAUGAAGAUGCGAAAGAUGAAAUUUCUCCAGUGAAGCAGAGCAGAAUGUUCUAUAGAUCGUGUGUCAAUAGGAGUGAGUUUAUUUUUGUCAUGAUGACAGAUAGGUUUCAAGUUGACUACAUACAGGGUGAUUCAUAA